GCUUGGCGCCUUCGUUUGAACAAAUGAAAAACGUGGCCGAGAAGGAGAGGGUUAACCGUUGUUUUUAAAUAUUCAUAUCAUUGUUUUAAAGGUGUAAACAGGCGGCUUCGGGGUUGGAGUCGGCUGCGUAUUUGGCAACCCCCCCAUUUAUUACGCCUUUCCACACGUCCCCCUCUCACCCCCCCCUUUCUCAUCUCCUCCCAAAAAUGUAAGGGUUUAUUUUUUUUUUAGGAUUCGGAUACGAUGUGUGUGAUUUACGUCCCUCGUUCCGCUUGGAAUUUUAAAACUCUUCUAGUGCCUUCUGGGCUUAAGGUGUUCUAAACUUUUUGCCUUUAAAAUUCUAGGAAGGUUUAAAAGGAAGUUAGUCCCCUGAAUUCCAAAUUCCUCUCCCCGCCUUUUUUUUUUUUUUUUUUUGGAGAGGAAUUGGAGGUAGGAAAAUAACUGGAUGCCUCGUGAGUUGGAUUUUUUUUUUUCCCCUGGUAGGAGUGAGGCGGUGUUAAGUGCGAGGCAUUUGGUGAGGAAAGGACUGUUGUUUUUGCUCCAAACCCUUGCAAGUCAAAGUGCUGUUGGACUUUUUCUAACUCUAAAAUGGCUUCAAAAUUCCCAUCUCCGUAACUUACUUAUCUCUCCUUGGCGCCCUCCUUUUGGACAGGUGGUUUUCUUGGAAUAUGGGAAGGUUUACUCCUUUACAGUUGUAGGUUUCAAACCGAAAUCACUGCUCACCCCAAACAUGGUUUUGUAAAGAAAGUUUGGAUUGCUGCCCAAACUCAGGUUUCAUGAGAUUUAUUUUAAAUGAGUGAUGUGCUUCCCAGGGGAUCAAAAGCUCUAUAAAUGGGAAUUAUGUUCUUAAUCAUAAAUUUUAUAGGGGAAACUGACCCUAAAACUUGGGGUGUCUGGAAUUCUAUGCCCAAUGAAGUAUCAACCUGGAAGUUUUGUAAACCCGGGGAGCUCUUAGAAGGUUUUCGUUUAGCCCCAAAGGCUUCAUACUUAGAAAAGUUUGUUCCAGGAACUUCCAGUGGUACCGGAUACCAUAAAUGCUAGUGAUUUAGUACAGUUUAUUUUAUCACUUUAGGUCUGCAAUGAAACAGUAAUGAGCAGUAGCAUAUUUUGUCAAUGAUGUGUGUGUACUAGUUUGCUGGGCGGGAUGUUUGCUUUCUAGGAAAUAGCACUGAAGUAAAACAUCAGAGAGCUUUCCACUGCUUUCUGGUAGAAAAUGAGCCUUGCUGUGUUAAACCAUUCCAGUUUUCAAGUUGUGUUCUUAAGAGAGGCUUCCUAUUAGUUUUGGAUCAUGUCGUGUACUUCUGACUCAGAGUGAAAACCUGUUUUUCUAAAAUUGAACUUAGCAUCAUAAAGAAUUUCAUCAAUAGCAUAGCCAUCAGCGUUCUUUUCACCAAAAGUGUCUGUUAGGCAUUUUAUUUUUCUAUGUGAGAUAGCAAAAGGUCUUCCUGAAAAGUCACUUUAGCCAGGGCAUCUAAUUUCUAAACCAUAGUACUUCCUGGUUGAUAGGUGAGGUGACUAGUUUUCCUGUAAUGCUGCCAGCUAGAAGAACAUUUGGGACUUUUUGCUCAAGAUGGCACUGUGUCCUGUAAGCCAGCUGGCCCUUAGUUCUGUCUUCCUUGCUGCCCCUCAGAGCCACAGUUACAACAACACAGACAUCAGAUCUUCUUCCGUAGAACCUGUCUCUAAUGUGCUAUCCAGGUGGAUCUGUAAAGAAACCAGCGGCAUAGGAGAGGGAGGGGAGGAGCCCAGUGGUGAGGUGUGUGCGCCCAAGAACCAUGUCUGCGCGGGAGUCCUUUAACCCAGAAAGUUAUGAAUUGGACAAGAGCUUCCGGUUAACCAGAUUCACUGAACUGAAGGGCACUGGCUGCAAAGUGCCCCAAGAUGUCCUGCAGAAAUUGCUGGAAUCGUUACAGGAGAACCACUUCCAAGAAGAUGAGCAGUUUCUUGGAGCAGUUAUGCCAAGGCUUGGCAUCGGAAUGGAUACCUGUGUCAUUCCCCUGAGGCACGGCGGUCUGUCCUUGGUUCAAACCACAGAUUACAUUUAUCCCAUCGUCGAUGACCCUUACAUGAUGGGCAGGAUAGCCUGUGCCAAUGUCCUCAGUGACCUCUAUGCCAUGGGGGUCACAGAAUGCGACAACAUGCUGAUGCUCCUUGGGAUCAGUAAUAAGAUGACCGACCGGGAAAGGGACAAAGUGAUGCCCCUAAUAAUACAGGGUUUUAAAGACGCAGCAGAGGAGGCAGGAACAUCUGUAACAGGCGGCCAGACAGUGCUAAACCCCUGGAUUGUUUUAGGAGGUGUGGCUACAACUGUCUGCCAGCCCAACGAAUUUAUCAUGCCAGAUAACGCAGUGCCAGGUGACGUGCUUGUGCUGACGAAGCCCUUGGGGACGCAAGUGGCCGUGGCUGUGCACCAGUGGCUGGACAUUCCUGAGAAAUGGAAUAAAAUCAAGCUUGUGGUCACCCAGGAGGAUGUGGAGCUGGCGUACCAGGAGGCGAUGAUGAACAUGGCCAGGCUCAACAGGACAGCGGCCGGCCUCAUGCACACAUUCAACGCCCACGCAGCCACCGACAUCACAGGCUUUGGGAUCCUGGGCCACGCGCAGAACCUGGCCAAGCAGCAGAGGAACGAGGUGUCCUUUGUGAUUCACAACCUCCCGGUCCUGGCCAAGAUGGCAGCCGUGAGCAAGGCCUGCGGGAACAUGUUUGGCCUCAUGCAUGGGACCUGUCCGGAGACGUCAGGAGGCCUUCUGAUCUGUUUACCGCGUGAGCAAGCCGCUCGAUUCUGCGCGGAGAUAAAGUCCCCCAAAUACGGCGAAGGCCACCAAGCGUGGAUUAUUGGGAUCGUGGAGAAGGGUAACCGCACGGCCAGGAUCAUAGACAAACCCCGGAUCAUCGAGGUCGCGCCGCAGGUGGCCACCCAGAAUGUGAACCCCACGCCUGGUGCCACCUCUUAGUCUAGACCGAGGCAGCUGUGUGGUUUUGUUUUUAAAUAGCUCUAUUUCCUUUAUCAUCAUUUCAAUUAAAGACUAUAAACAACAACGAAAAAAAUCUCAUUGUGUCUACACAUCUGGUGACCUUAGGUCGAUUUGUGAGUGGAUGCAAUUAAUCAAAUAAAAUUCAUUGCCUUUU